CCGCCGCCGCCCGCGAUGGAGCCCAACAGCCCCCGCAAGAUCCAGUUCACGGUCCCGCUGCUGGAGCCGCACCUGGACCCGGAGGCGGCCGAGCAGAUCCGGAGGCGCCGCCCGACCCCCAACCUCGUGCUGAGCAGCGACCAAUCGUCCCCAGAGAUCGACGAGGACCGGCUGCCCAACCCCCUGCUCAAGUCGGGUCUGUCGAUGUCCCCCCGGCAGAGGAAGAAAGUUUCCCGCACCACCCCCACCAUGAAAGAGCUGCAGAUGAUGGUGGAGCAUCACCUGUGCAAGAGGGCCCAGGGGGAGGAGGAGGAGCAGGACGAGGAGGAGGAGGAGGAGGAGGAGGAAGGGGACAAGGAUAAGGACAAGGUGCCACCCCCCGGGCGCUGCCACCGCGGGGACAUCGAGCACAGCCACAGCCCCGGCGGGUCCUGCCCCCUGGCCACGCACCAGGGCGGCCCCGGGCUCGGCCAGAGGACCCCCGGUGAUGGCACAGCCAGGGCGGGGACCCCCAGGGAUGGCACGCCCAGAGUGGGGACCCCCCGGGACGGGACCCCCCGGGACGGGACCUGGCACGUGGACACCCAUAUAGAGCCCCAGGGAGCGGCCAGCGGCCAGUAGGGGUGGCUGCGGGAGCCGGACGCGGACGGAGACUUUUUUUAUUCCAUUUUCUAAGGUUUUGGGGCUGCCCAGGAUCAUUUUGGGGGUUGUUUUUUUUUUGGGGGGGGGUGGAUUUUUUGUUUGACUUUUUUGGUUUUUUUUAAUGUCACGGGCAGGGCCCCUCCCCCCCUUCACCCCGGGGGGUUUGGGGACAACGACGAGCCGGGCUGCCCGUCCUGUCCCCUCCCCUCCCCUCCCCUGGGGACACCAGGGCAGGUGACAUUGGGGACACUGAAC